AGGGAGCGGAGUUUCGGAUGCUUCAGUAGAGUGAGCUGCUCUUUCAAAUUCACCACAAGUCCGUCUGACCAAGUUUCGAGAGAGUCUGGGAAUAGAGCAAAAGUUAUGGAGUUCGUCGGACCCCGAUUCUGCUGUGUGAUAUUUGCUCUAAUGACAGGGCUGGCCUCUGGUCUGGAGCUGGCCAUCACAGGCCCAUCGACCAUUGAAAGAGCCAGUGGACAAACGGUGAAGCUGGAGUGCCAGUUCACCCUGGGCCCUGACGACCUGGCCCCCCUGGACAUCGAGUGGAGCUUGCUGGCCUCCGACAACCAGAAGGAAGACAAAGUGGUUAUCCUUUAUUCCGGCGACCGGGCCUUCGAGGACUACCCUGUCAUGAAGGGUCGCGUCCACUUCAACUCGGCCGACCCCAAGAACGGCGACGCCUCCAUCAACCUGACGGGGCUGCGCUCGACGGACACGGGCACGUACCAGUGCAAGGUCAAGAAGGCCCCCGGGGUACGCAGCCGCAAGAUCCUGCUCACCGUCAUGGAGAAGCCCUCCCGGCCCCGGUGCUACGCUGAGGGCCCCACCGAGGUGGGCAAGGACGUGAUGCUGAGAUGCGUGUCCGCCCAGGGAACCCACCCCCUGCAGUACAUCUGGGAGAAGAUCAGCGACAGCAAGCUGCUCCCCGCCAUCGCCGUGCUGGACCCAGUCGGAGGCACCGUCAACGUCAGGAACGCGUCGGCCGGCGUGUCGGGGACGUACCGCUGCAGGGCCAAGAACCUGGUGGGCUCGGAGGAAUGCAUCCUGCACCUCAACGUCACCCCACCCCCCAACACCGCGGGCAUCAUCGCAGGCGCCAUCAUCGGCGUUCUGCUGUUCCUCAUCAUCCUCGCAGUCAUCCUCGUCUGCUGCUGCCGCGCACGCCAGAAGAAAAAGUACGAGAAGGAGAUCUGCAACGAGAUAAGGGAGGACGUGCCGCCGCCCAAGAGCCGCGUGUCGACGGCCCGCAGCUUCACCAGCGUGGGCAGCCACCGCUCCUCGCUGGGCUCCAUGACGCCCUCCAACCUGCACGAGUACGCCCUCAAGCCCCAGUACGACAAGAUCCCCUCGUCCGAGGACUUCGACAGGCCGCCCAGCCGGGCCCCCAUGGCCGCGCCCAUCUUCACCGCCCCGGCCCCGGCCCCCGCGCCCAGGGUGGCCGGGCCCAACCUCAGUCGCAUGGGAGGCAUCGCCGUGAUGAUCCCCGCCCAGAACAGGGACGGCUCCAUCGUGUAGCCAGGCCCGGAGUCCUCGACUGUCUGCCUCGGGGGUGGUGGUGGGAGGUGGCGGGGAGGGAGAGAAUGUGCUGACGGACUGGGAUGGGAUGGGAGGGGGGAGGGAUGGGAGGGGCGGGAGGGAGGGAGGGAAGAGGGGAUUGAAUGGGACACCAUCCGAUGUGGACAGCCGGAGAAGGAGUGCCGGGCGAGCUAGGCCUGACUUGUUGCUCUUUUUUGUCUAUUUCCAAACGCGGGGAGACUUUCGACUUUCUUCUGUGGAGGCCUGGUUCCAUUGUGUUUUUUCUGGUGAAGGAGAAGCAACACGGCCAGAAGCUCCAAAAACACAACUACAACCCACUUUGGAACACAUUAACUUUAUACCGACAACACAAAUGAUACUGCUUUUAUCACUCUUUACUUUUUGGGACCUUUCUCACAUGAAACGAAAUAGAAGGGGCGUGAGAUGUGAUGAACGUACCCUUCAGAUUUUAUUGUAUAUAGUGGAACGCAUGUUGUCGUUUUUAUCAAUUCUAGAUGGCCCUUUCUAUGGUGACGUGUUGAAGAAGUGACCGUGGCCCCUCUUUUGGCCAGGCAUAUGUAUACAGCUCUAUGCAUGUAUGUAUGUAGGUAUAGGAAUGCAGAUUGCAACUGUGUGCUUUGUGCAGGAAUGUCAAUAGCACACAGUGGAGGGGUUAGGUGUAUUUAAGCAACUAUUGAUUUGCUGCCCACAAUGAUGAAAUACCCGUUGGGGGACACACUCUUAUUGUUAUUAUUUUAACCAUGUUCUCUGUGAACCAUUGGAAUUCAUCUUUUUUCAAUUCCAUGCAUUCUGAAUUUUUCAAUUCCUAACAAUGAAGGCUUAAAUAUAUGAAGGGGUUUGAGCCACAGUAAGACUACUAACGAAGGAACCGGUUCUAUCUGAAGGAAUCCAAGCAGCCACACAUGGAGUCGGAUCACGUUCUCGCUCUCUACAUAGAUGGCGUUUGCAUUGUUAACCAGCCCCUGGGACAUGGAGGUCAGCUCGCUGCGAAUGAGAGAGCAGCAGUUUGAAUCGUCCAGUUUCAGGUUCCCUACAGGGUGGGGGGGGGGGGGGAGGCAGAGGGGAUUGGGCGCUCGCGAGGUGGAGCAACUCACCGCUGCUUGCCAUUGGUGGACUCAUGUGUACCGGCUUAGCUUGAAAACAAUUGGAGAACAUCGCCCCUCCUCGCAAUGGGGGUGCAAGAGGGAGAGAGGGCAGUGCGUUGGAAAUUAGUUGGGACAAAGUAGACCGCAAGGUUCACUAGGCAAUCACAGCUAAGCGGGUUUGACUGAAGCUAGAUCCCCCCCUCCACUCCCAUCCAACCGACGCGAACGCACAGAGACACGCAGAUACACACCUUAUUAGCAGGAGCUCCGCGGCCCGUGUUAAUUUAUCAUCUGGAGCGCCCGCGACCCCGGCCCAAAGGCCUGACGUACUUAAUCCUCCCUUUUGCACUUGCAUUACAGGCAGCCAAUAUCUUGAUUAACCUUCCCUCCCCGCGGUCAAUACCAAAUCCCCCCGCCGCCGCCGCCGCACUAAUUGGACUUUGUAAGGCGGAAUACAAAGAGCGCGACCGAAAGCGCACGUGACGGCGUUAAAGAAUAGACGCCCGACAAAAGAAGGUGAACCGAGACCCAGCAGUGUUUUUGUGUGUUUGUGCAAGUGUGUGUGCUGUGUGUGUAGACUCGUUUUGAGUUUGUUUACACUACGGUUCAGGGUGUUUGAAGCAGGCGUGGUCACCAGAAGAGAGAGAGAGGGAGAACUGUUGUUCGUUCCAAUCUCUCUUUGAAAACCAUAUCAGUUUGUAUUGUUGCACAGAAGAUUAGAAAAUGGAGGCCAAUCACCGCACAUUGUCCACCUCAUCUCCCUCCAAACAACCUAAACACGCAUGCAAACACGCAUAAACCAUUUUCUCAUUUUCCAUAUUUUUUCGAUAUCCAUUGUGCCUUGUCCCCCGUUGCCAUGAUUUUUUUUUUUUUGUGUAUUUUAUUCGGUACACAGCUGCGGCUGGUCCAUGGUUCUGGUCCACUGGGCCUUAUUUGGGCAUUGUCUUUUAUUCCCCCCCUCUCCUGCCUCAGAAAAGAAUAUUUCCCCCUAUUUUUAAGUUCAUUAAUAUCCGUGCUUUUUUUCUCCCAUGACCUACAUUGGUUCUGGGCUCUAGGUUUCAUUCUGCGGAAUGGCAAUAACAUAAUAUCUAAUCCCAAACAACAGUCUUAAUGAGAUGAUCAAUGUUUGUGUGUAUAUACCAUGCUCUGCAGUGCUGUGCCCACCCCAACCCUCAUUAGAAGGGAGGGGGAGGGAGGGAGCGAGGGGAGGGAGAGAGGGAGGGGGUCCUGUCAGCCUGGAUCAGAUGCCUCUCCGACUACAGCGGGAAGGGGCCCUGUUUUGUUGUUUGCCUUACCGGGAAUGUGACGGCUGUAGAAGUCCUUCCUGUUAACUUAGCGUCACUCCGUUUUUCUACACGUAACCAACCCUAUUUCCACCUACACAACACUGCGGCCCCAGAUGGGCUGUAAAACCUGCCGACUGCUGUAGCAUCUUGGUUUGUAUAGCUGAACAGAGCCCUGGGGAAUAGACAACAACCCCACCCUCCCCCCUCCCUCUCCCUCCCUCCCUCUCCCUCCCACCUGGUAAAGACUGGUGGGAUCCUAUUGAUAUUAACCGUAGCUUCUAAAUGAGCGUACUAAUAUAGUAUGAAGAUCAUGAAGGUUUGCACACCAUGUGAAAACCGUUAUGCUUAUCUUUUUUUUUAUUUUGUGUGUUUGAUCUUUUUUUGUGCUGUAUUUUUGAAUAAUAAAAUUCCACAAACAAAAACGAAAGAAA